ACGGCACCAACAGCCGUCGCAAGAACAACAUGGCGGACUCCCGACACGUCACGAUAUGUGCACUAGCUGCAGUUGUUGCACUUUGUUUUAAACUGAGUCUGGCUGAAGAAUACGAUGUCCACUAUAUCGACAACGAUAUUAUAUUAAAGAAAUUUCCACCAACUUGUCAUUAUUCUGAUGGGAAAUAUGACCGCAAUCUAAUACCAGACACAGAAUGGCCGUUUUACAUACGAAAUGGCACUAAAAAAAUUCAAUAUGUCGUUCCAGUUAAUAUGGAUCUACACAACGGGCCGAUUCAUGCACAAUAUGGUUGCGUCAAUUUGCCAAGAGUCAGUAAAUCGAAAGUAAAGCGUGUUUCAUUUCAGAUAUCGCAUAUGAUGGCUACUGUGACAGUCGAAUUAAAAAACAACGCACCUGAUGAUACUCAAGUAUUAAUCCAGUUAUUUAAUAAAAAACAAACUGGUUUAGUAGAUAAUAAUGACAGUGACAAUGAUUCUCAUAAUGAUGAUAAUCUUGAUGCAAUAAAUUCUGCCAGCGAGUUCCUGCGCUGGGAAUAAAGAGUAAUGACGUAAUUUGAGCUUUAUCACAUUUUCGAAAGUCUGUAUUUUAUUUAAUUAAGAUCAUUGUUUACUAUUUUGUUAGCAAUACAACAGAGACUGAUGCAGUGUAAAAU